AGAAGCACUCAUAGCAUACCAUUGCCUCCCGGAUGGGAAGUGGCCAACGAUUGCGAGACCGGAAAGACCUAUUAUGUGGACCACAACACCAAAAGGACUCAAUGGUUUGAUCCCAGGGACAGACUCACAAAACCCUCCACUUUCGCCGACUGUGUGGCCGAUGAGUUGCCCUUUGGCUGGGAGUAUGUCUUUCAUCCACAGAUCGGCAUUUAUUAUACGGAUCACUUGCGGCGAGCGAAUCAGUUGGAAGAUCCACGACUGGAGUGGCGAUCAGUGCAGAUGAAUAUGGUUAACAAUUAUCUACAACAGGCCAAUGGUGAUAUCGGAUCGCAAACAGAAGUGAGGGAUCGCCGCAGCAAAGGCUCGUCCAUAACCAUCAAUAGAGCACUUUUGGAGCAAUCGUUAGCUGACGCCAAGCAAAGAGUGGCUCAACUGAAGCGCGAAUUAGACGCCAAUUAUAAUUUGCUCACAAUUAUUGAUAAGUAUUAUAAAAAGGGAGAGAAUAGCGAAGCGAGCGCUGUUGAAGUCUAAUGAUACCUAUUUUCUAAACUUUGUGGUCAUGUACUUACACUUAUUGUACGGUAAAACCUGUCAAUACAAUGAUAGACUCCAGGGUCACAUUUAGGAUACUGUUACUUUCCAAUUUAUUAUAUUUUUAA